UAUAGAAGCUCUGUGUACGCUGUCGCUGGUUGGUGACUGUGGCCUGUCUCUGUUAGAACUGUAUACUCAAUAUAUAAGAAUGGCUGCAAGAACAUUUUUCGUGGGGGGAAACUGGAAGAUGAAUGGCGACAAGAAGAGCCUGGGAGACCUCAUUACCACGCUCAACACGGCUGCGCUUCAUGACGAAACAGAGGUGGUAUGUGGAGCUCCAACCAUUUAUUUGGACUUUGCAAGAUCUAACUUGGACCCCAGAAUUGGAGUUGCGGCACAGAAUUGUUACAAGGUGGCCAAGGGGGCUUUCACCGGAGAGAUCAGCCCAGCCAUGAUUAAAGACUGUGGUAUCGACUGGGUCAUUCUGGGCCACUCAGAGAGGCGCCAUGUUUUUGGGGAGAGUGAUGAGCUGAUUGGUCAGAAGGUGGCUCAUGCUCUAGAGAAUGACCUGGGAGUGAUCGCCUGCAUCGGCGAGAAGCUGGAGGAGAGAGAGGCGGGGACAACAGAGGAAGUUGUCUAUGCACAGACCCAAGUCAUUGCAGAUAACGUGAAGGACUGGAGCAAGGUAGUGCUGGCUUAUGAGCCAGUGUGGGCAAUCGGCACAGGGAAGACGGCCACGCCUGAACAGGCUCAGGAGGUACACGAGAAGUUGAGGGCGUGGAUCAGGGCCAACAUCUCAGACGAUGUGGCCGACUCCGUCCGCAUUCUUUACGGAGGAUCUGUAACUGGGGCCAACUGCAAAGAGCUAGCCGGCCAGCCAGACGUGGAUGGCUUUCUUGUAGGCGGAGCCUCCUUGAAGCCCGAGUUUGUCGACAUCAUCAAUGCGCGUGCAUAGGAAACACGGACCACGAGCAGAGGUUCCAUUUAGGCUGCAAUAUGAUGAUUGGCACACAUAUAUAACUGCCCUGUUUGUUUCUGCCUGUGUCUCUUGCAUUUUGUGUGCAUGAGUGUGUGUUUAUAUGUCUCUGUGAUGGUUUGUGCUUCAAUUUGUCCUCUUUUAGAUGCGACAGCUGGAGUUUUAACACCUGUGUGUAUUGCUGCAUUUUAGACCCUAUGGCUCUUCGGCAAUAUAAGUCCCACCCCACAUAUAAUUUACUGACUGAAUAUAAUUAGAUGUAAAUGUGUAGCACAGUCUGGGACUUUUAUUGUGGAACAUGUAUGUAGCUGUAAUGAGAUGUACUAAGAAGAGCACUUCGUUGCACCUGAACUAUCUGUGAACUAUUUAUUUCCUGACAUGAUGGGUUAGGCAGCUGAACAGGGUCUGCUCACACAGUUCAUGUCUGUGUGUUGGUGGUAUGUAUGGCCAUGUGUCCUAUAGUUUGCUGUAUGUUUAAUUGCUGAAAUGUAUCUGACACAAGCAAUUCCAUUAACCACCUUUAUUUAAAAAAAAUCACGUCUGUCACUUUACUAACCGGCCAGUGGCUGCCAAAGAGUACCUCACAUGACUAACUACUUGAAAAUAAACGGUGAAGUCCA